AUGAGUUUAUCUGGAGAAGCAGAUCUGAAUCCAGGGAUCAGACAAUAUAUCCACUUCAGUACCUGUCACAACAGACCGCAAAGAAACAAUAGAUCUCAGUCGAUCAGAUCCGAGAUCCAACAGGAACAAAGGGAGAACGAUCAAAGAAAUUACGAUGCAGUAAGUGUCCAUACUACGGAUACAGACACCGUCGAGGAAUAUGAUGAAAGGACACAUGCAGUAGGAGCUGAAAGAGAGAUCGAAGACAACAUAACCAUUGCAGAAUUUAGGCAGCGAUUGGCAGAGGAAAGAAGAAGGGAAGUAGAACUACGUGCGAAUUUGACACGACAAAAUGAUGAGUUAAGAGAGGAAAAUCAGAGACUACAAGAGCAAAGGUCACAAUCAAGAUCCAGAACAACGCGUGCGAGCUCAAGGUCAAGGACAAGCAGGAGUACUACUAGGAAGAGUAGAUCUGAGCACGGAGAUAAUACACAAGGGCAAUUUUCGGAUAAUACUUUUCAGGAAAAUGAAAAUUCGCAGGAGGAGCAAGAAUGGGAUCGCAUAGACGACAGGUAUAUCCAAGUGGGAGAGGAUGGAACCAGGCGAAUGCGUCGUAGAGAAGGUAGAUUGGAGCAGAAUGGGGAGCACAAUCGCACGCCUGAUGACGAACAACGAGAGAAUGACGUAGAACAAGCAAGGAUGGUACUUCAUGGAAGAGAGAUGCUGAGACAGUAG